CUGAGCUUUAAGCUUUUCGAUAACGAGCUGUAUAUCUUUAGAAACGAGAAGACUGGAGUUCUUUUGAUCCUCUACAUCGAUAACAUGCUGAUAGCUAGCCUCAUACUCUCAGAUAUCAACGAAGUUGCUGCUGCUAUUAGCAAGCGAUUUAAUCUCAAGCAUUUAGGAAACCCAGAGAAGUUCUUGAGCUUUAACAUC